CGGGAAAUGAAAUGUCACUCAUAUUUUAUACAUAACAAUUAUUAUUUAACAGUAUUACAUACAUCUUAUCUUUUAAUAAGUUAGGCAUUGCGUGCACUCACAGUAAGACGUUAUGCUAAGUUGUUGUGCUGCUGUAAGUAAGUAUGGUUUAUCAGUUAACCAAUGAUUGUACUUGAGUACAUCAGAAAGAAAUGUCGACAGAGGCAGUAGCCGAAAGCUAUGGAUUACGAAAGUACUUGGUCUUCCAUAAAUAUAGGAAGUUGAUAAUAUAUGCAUCUACGGGACAAACAUUUGAACUUUACUUAUGUAUGCUUUUAAAAUUAGUAGUAAUGUAUAGUGUAUGCAUCAUUUUAAUAUUUCAUUUGCUAUAAUAUUAAUAUGUCGCGCAACAGUUAUGGAUUAGUGCAUGCUGUCAUUUACACAAUUGUUCAGUUUUGAUGCAAGUUAGCCUGUUGUGGAAGGAUUUAUUUUCCGAGUGCGUCAUCGAAUGAUCCUAACAAAGAGCAAAACAAUGCUACUCAAGUCUUAACAUUUAUGACCACAAACUCCUUUCGCGGUGUUGCAUAUUGUUAGAAAGGCGGACGUGCGUUUUGUUUUGCAAGCACGCAACCCACCGGUCAGACCGUAUUUUGUAGAUAUGUACCAAGCUAAAUUGGAUUUUCGUGGCCAGUGUUUAAAAACAGUUUAUGAGAAGCUCAUGGUAAUAACAGUUUAACGCUUAGGACACAUAUGAAGCAGCCUCAUCCAACUAAACGUGUAAAUGCAUGGAUUAUUUGGAUCAGUAAUGCUAGUUGGUUACGUUUAGUGAGUUUUCCCGUAAAAUAAGAAAAAACGGUGUAGCAUCUGGCAAGCGACAAAUAAAUGAACAGCUCCUCCACGUCCACGACCUAAUUUACUAUGAUCAAUUUAUUAUUAGCAAACAAUAGGACUUUUCACGCAGUUUCACCGCUUCUAAGUCAGUCCAUGCAAUUCCUUGUCAAGAUCAAGUCUAUCGUAAAAUUCCUUUGAGAAAGUUAAAUCCUAAGUCAGCAUCUAUGUACAUAAGUGAAAUAGUAAUAAAAUCUUGUCGCAGUUGUCAUCUGAAAUUUUUGAAAUUGUUGUUUUACACAUUAACACUAAUUGAUUGCUCAUUUGAAAUAUCUAUCUUUAAAAAUAAUGGUGUGGUUGAGUUCACCGCAAUAAUAUGUUAAUGUUAUCACCACAUAUACAUUUCCAUUAACUGCACGAUUAAUGAACGAGUUUAGAAAUUUAAUUCCCAUACUAACUGACAGUGAAUUGAUGCACGUUGAGAUUAGCUGGCUAGGCAUUGCUACGCGUGUGAGAAACACGAGACUUUAUAAAAUUUUGCCCCAUUCUCAUUAUGCGCAGCUAUGUUUGUAUGUACAUACUUACAUACAAAUUAAUAAGUAAAGAGGGAGGGUGUCCCUGAGAGUUUCUUGUGAUAAAAAACCAUUAUUGCUACAUGAAUAUAUAAUGCAUUCGAAUCUGUGCAUGGACGAAUAGUGCUAAUGAAACAGUCACGAACUAAACAUAUAUAAUAUAGCUGUCUGAUUUGAAAAAUAGCAUUAAAUUUAAAUUUGGACAUAUUAUCAGUAUUUCAGAAAAUCUCAAAAUGUCGAAAUUAUCAAAAGUGUGGUUUGUCGCAAAUAUAUAUAAAAUAAGAAUUUUAAUUCUCGUGCUACUACUUUACUUGUUUUUCCCCCUUUUCAUUUUGGGAAUUUUAGUGCUUCAGCUAAUUAGAAAGUGCGUCGAAAUUUGGGCAAAAAUUCGAAUCAAACAAGUGGACACGAUUAUGUCUCCGGAAAGUGCGCUCGUUGCAGAUGACGAUCUUUAUGGAAUUCCGAGUAACACCGUUGCCUUGUUCGUGCUGAAUGGACAAGUUACAGUUGACAAUCUCCGUCGCCUGAUGUAUGAAAAUAUUAUAAGCAAACAAAAUGCCGCUGGCAAAUUGCUGUACCCACAACUGCAACAGUUUCCUGUUCGCUGUUGCAAAUUUAUGUUUUGGGUGUGGGAUGAAGACUUCAAUAUUGAAGCUCAUGUUCGCCUGCACAGAGUUGUGAGCGAUACUGAUGAAAAUAAAGUGUGGAAUGAGACUGACAUCCUAAAACUGCAGGCCAACUUGUUGAGAAAACAAUGGAUGAGAAAUAAGAGCCUUUGGGAGCUAGAGCUCGUUCCCAAUUACAGCACUUCAGCUAGGACAUCCUCCACAAGGCAGCUCAAGACGGUUAUGCUGAUCCGUUUUCACGAGUCUCUUGGGGACAUAGCUUCAUGGUUCCGGUUAUUUCUUACCAGUCUUUGUGACAAUGAGGAAGGCCACUCUUUAUCAAAUCAUCAUCACUCAUCAUCACCGUCGUCAUCUACGCCACAUAAGUCUGAGGAGAAAGUACGGGGCACAUACAUUAAUACAACUGGAAUAAUGUGGAGAUGCAUUUAUGAGAGAUUCAGAACUACACUCGUACUUCCCUUGUAUUUUGCACGAGCUUUACUACAACCAAGUGAAGAAGAUAACCAUUGUUGGAGAGUGGAAGAGAAAGAACUUGUCAAGCGAGAUCACUUUAAAAUUAUUGAUAAAUUCUCAGUUCAACACAUUAAAGAUAUUAAAUUAUUGCUUGGAGUGAAUUUCACUAGCGUCAUUUUAGCAGCAACUGCAUCAGCAAUUCGAACCACUUUACUCACUUUGGGACAAGUCCCCAAAAGUAUCCUGGUUGAGUUGCCUACUAUGACGAAAGCAUGUCAGUGUGACAUUAGGGAUAAUAUAUGCACUUAUAGAUCUCCCAUCAGUAUACGACUGCCAAUUGGGGUUGCUUCAUCCAAAGAAAGGCUGAGACUGUGUCAGGAAUUCUAUAGCAAAUCGAAGCAGUCCAGAGAAGCCACGUGCCAUGGAAUGAUUCGCCACUUUCUUGGCUUCUUUCCCAUUACGUGGAUCAAACCAAUUCAACGGAAACUCAAAUGUAGUGGAACAUUACUUAAUUUGCCUUGCACAACUGAAUACUUUAGCAUGUUUUCGAGUCCAGUCGAAGAUGUUAUUGUAGCUUCAACGAAGGAAAAUGGGUUCACCAUAACAUUUCUGAGCUAUGCAGACUUUAUCCGGAUGAGUUUAGUAAUCGACCAUCGACUGAUCCCAGCAAAUCGAGAUAACGUUGCAAAAAACUUGCUCAAAAACUUUUACUCCGACUUGAUUGUUCUCGGAAUAGAAGUAGUUGUAUAGUUGCGACUAAUUAUAUUAAGUGAAUAAAUAAAUAACUUCUGAUUGGAUCACUCAGAAAA